AUGGCAGAAAGUAAUUUUCCAACAACGGGGGAAGAACUGGACUUGAACAUUGAGCCUCCAGUCACAGCGACAGAGAAAAGCCAAUUUACGUCAAGUGAUUCAAAACUGGAGAUAUACGAUGACACCUCAAGAGAAAUUGCUAAAGAACUGAGAAACCAGGCCGGAGAAGGAAGACGUUAUGGCAAUCUCGGCAACGCUUAUCAUGGUCUAGGACAACUCAAAGCAGCAAUCGAGUACCACCAACGUCAUCUAGAAAUUGCUAAAGAAGUGGGAGACAAGACCGGAGCAGGAAUCAGUUAUGGCAAUCUCGGCAACGCUUAUCAAAGUCUAGGAAAAUUAAAAACAGCAAUCGAGUACCACAAACGUCGUCUUGAAUUUGCUAAAGAAGUGGGAGACAAAGCCAGGGAGGGAAGAAGUUAUGGCAAUCUCGGCAACGCUUUUCAAGGUCUGGGACAGUUCAAAACAGCAAUCGAGUACCACAACCGUUGUCUAAGAAUUGCUAAAGAAGUGGGGGACAAGGCCGGAGAGGGACAAAGUUAUGGCAAUCUCGGCAAGGCUUAUCAAGGUCUACGGCAGUUCAGAACAGCAAUCAAGUACCAUCAACAUUCUCUGGAAAUUGCUAAGAAACAAGGAGACAAGGCUGGAGAGGGACGAAGUUAUGGCAGUCUCGGCAACGCCUAUCAUGGUCUAGGACAGUUCCAAAUAGCAAUCGAGUACCACAACCGUUAUCUAGGAAUUGCUAAAGAAGUUGGAGACAAGGCCGGAGAGGGACGAAGUUAUGGUAAUCUCGGCAACGCCUAUCAUGGUCUAGGACAGUUCAAAACAGCAAUCGAGUACCAGCAACGUCAUCUAGAGAUUGCUAAAGAAGUGGGAGAUAAGGCCGGAGAGGGACAAAGUUAUGGCAAUCUCGGCAACGCCCAUCAAGGUCUAAGACAGCUCAAAACAGCAAUCGAGUACCAUCAGCAUUCUCUGGAAAUUGCUAAGAAAGAGAGAGACAAGGCUGGAGAGGGACGAAGUUAUGGCAAUCUCGGCAACGCCUAUCAUGGUCUAGGACAGUUCAAAACAGCAAUCAAGUACCAGAAACAUUAUCUAGAAAUUGCUAAAGAGGUGGGAGACAAGGCUGGAGAGGGACAAAGUUAUGGCAAUCUCGGCAAUGCUUAUCGAGGUCUAGGACAGUUCGAAACAGCAAUCGAGUACCACAACCGUCAUCUUGAAAUUGCGAAAGAAGUGGGAGACAAGGCUGGAGAGGGACAAAGUUCUAGCAAUCUCGGCAAUGCUUAUCAAGGUCUAGGAAAGUUCCAAACAGCAAUCGAGUACCACAACCGUCAUCUAGAAAUUGCGAAAAAAGUGGGAGACAUGGCUGAAGAGGGACAAAUUUAUGGCAAUCUCGGCAACGCUUAUCAAGGUCUAGGACAAUUUGAAACAGCAAUCGAGUACCAUCAACGUCAUCUUGAAAUUGCUAAAGAAAUGGGAGACAACGCCGGAGAGGGAAUCAGUUAUGGCAGUCUCGGCAACGCUUAUCAAGGUCUGGGACUGUUCAAAACAGCCAUCAAGUGCCAUCAGCAUUCUCUGGAAAUUGCUAAAAAAGAGGGAGACAAGUCUGGAGAGGGACGAAGUUAUGGCAAUCUCGGCAACGCCUAUCAUGGUCUAGGACAGUUCAAAACGGCAAUCGAGUACCAGCAACGUCAUUUAGAGAUUGCCAAAGAACUGGAAGACAAGGCCGGACAGGGAAUCAGUUAUGGCAAUCUUGGCAACGCUUAUCAUGGUCUAGGAGAGUUCAAAACAGCAAUCGAGUACCACAACCGUUAUCUAGAAAUUGCUAAAGAGGUGGGAGACAAGGCCGGAGAGGGAAGAAGCUAUGGCAAUCUCGGCAACGCUUAUCAAGGUCUAGGAGAGUUUGAAACAGCAAUCGAGUACCACAACCGUUAUCUAGAAAUUGCUAAGGAGGUGGGAGACAAGGCCGGAGAGGGAAGAAGCUAUGGCAAUCUCGGCAACGCUUAUCAAGGUCUAGGAGAGUUUGAAACAGCAAUCGAGUACCACAACCGUUAUCUAGAAAUUGCUAAAGAGGUGGGAGACAAAGCUGGAGAGGGACGAAGUUAUGGCAAUUUAGGCAACGCCUAUCAAGGUCUAGGACAGUUCAAAACAGCAAUCGAGUACCAGCAACGUCAUUUAGAGAUUGCCAAAGAACUGGAAGACAAGGCCGGACAGGGAAUCAGUUAUGGCAAUCUUGGCAAUGCUUAUCAUGGUCUAGGAGAGUUUGAAACAGCAAUCGAGUACCACAACCGUUAUCUAGAAAUUGCUAAAGAGGUGGGAGACAAGGUCGGAGAGGGAAAAAGCUAUGGCAAUCUCGGCAACGCUUAUCAAGGUCUAGGACAGUUCAAAACGGCAAUCGAGUACCAGGAACGUCAUCUAGAAAUUGCUAAAGAAGUAGGAGACAAGGCUGGAGAGGGACGAAGUUAUGGCAAUCUCGGCAACGCUUAUCAAGGACUAGGACUGUUCAAAACAGCCAUCAAGUGCCAUCAGCAUUCUCUAGAAAUUGCUAAGAAAGAGAGAGACAAGGCUGGAGAGGGACGAAGUUAUGGCAAUCUCGGCAACGCCUAUCAAGGUCUAGGACAGUUCAAAACAGCAAUCGAGUACCAGCAACGUCAUUUAGAGAUUGCUAAAGAACUGGAAGACAAGGCCGGACAGGGAAUCAGUUAUGGCAAUCUUGGCAAUGCUUAUCAUGGUCUAGGAGAGUUUGAAACAGCAAUCGAGUACCACAACCGUUAUCUAGAAAUUGCUAAAGAGGUGGGAGACAAGGUCGGAGAGGGAAAAAGCUAUGGCAAUCUCGGCAACGCUUAUCAAGGUCUAGGACAGUUCAAAACGGCAAUCGAGUACCAGGAACGUCAUCUAGAAAUUGCUAAAGAAGUAGGAGACAAGGCUGGAGAGGGACAAAGUUAUGGCAAUCUCGGCAAUGCUUAUCAAGGUCUAGGACAGUUCGAAACAGCAAUCGAGUACCAUCAACGUCAUCUGGAAAUUGCUAAAGAUGUGGGAGACAAUGCUGGAGAGGGAAUCAGUUAUGGCAAUCUUGGCAACGCUUAUCAAUGUCUAGGAGAGUUCAAAACAGCAAUCGAGUAUCACAACCGUUAUCUAGAAAUUGCAAAAGAAGUGGGAGACAAGGCCGGAGUGGGAAGAAGCUUCGGUUCUCUCGGUAUAAGUUUCGAGUGCCAAGGAGAUCCCAUGAGGGCCUUUACCUACUAUUACUCGAGUGUAGAGGUGUAUGAUGAUAUCAGGGCCGGUCUUCAAUUUCAAGAUACGUGGAAGAUUUGCUAUCGUAAUCAGCACCAAAGUGCAUACAAAGGUUUGUGGCGUAUAAGCCUCAUUCAAGGUAAAGUUGUGAACGCUCUUCUUGCCGCAGAAAAAGGACGUGCUCAAGCUCUGAGAGAUCUCAUGGACGCAAGAUAUCAGCCUGAAGAUACUUCCAGGAGGAGCGGUUCGUGCCUUUCCCUGAGUUCUGUUCCAUCAAGCACAGUUUUCAUAGCAAUCAGUGGACCGUGCGUUUACUUCUGGGUUUGCCUCAGUGAAGAUAAUAUCCAAAUGAGAAAGAUUCACGUGAACAAUUAUAAGUGUGAGGAUGAAUUGGAAUCUUUCAUCCAGCUACUGAACAAAACUGCCCUUAUGGAGAAUUUUAGGGGAGAUGCUGUCACACGCGGAAAUCCUUCAGCUGAUUCGCCAAAAGAGGAUCAAGUGGCCAAAGAUAUGAUCCGAGAUGAUGUGAGGUACUCACAAUCAAGUGCUCUGCAGAAGCUUCGUGACAUCAUCGUUAGUCCUAUCGCUGAUCUGAUCGAAGGCAACGAGCUAACUGUCGUUCCAGAGGGGCCAUUUUGCCUUGUACCUUAUGCCGCAUUGGAGGACUCGAGGUCAUCGUGUCUAAAUGAUUCUUUCACAAUUCGUGUGCUUCCGUCCUUGACGACCUUACAACAAAUACAUGAUUGCCCAGCUGACUUCCACGCGAAGAGUGGUGCAUUGCUGGUUGGCGACCCAUGUUUCAGAGAUAUCAUCUACCAGGGAAGACGUUUAGUGCAACUUCCGGGAGCAAGAAAAGAAGUGGAGAUGAUUGGACGCAUCCUCAAUCAUUCCCCUCUCACUGGAGAAAAGGCUACAAAAGAUGAGGUGUUAAAACGAAUGUCAUCAGUGGCGUUAGUGCACAUUGCAGCGCACGGUAAAAUGGAAACUGGGGAAGUUAUCUUGGCACCAAACACUACAAGGAAGAACUCUCAGCCAGAAGAAAAAGACUAUCUACUGACGAUGGAAGAUGUCCUAGAAGCUGGGCUGCGGGCUCGACUGGUUGUACUGAGUUGUCCUCACAGUGCUCGUGGGGAGGUCAUGGCCGAGGGUGUGGUCGGCAUCGCACGAGCAUUUUUGGGUGCCGGUGCCAGAUCUGUUGUGGCAACCUUAUGGGCAAUUGAUGACGAGGGAACCCUGGAGUUCAUGAGUUUCUUCUACGAUGCACUUGCUAAGGGCAAGAAGGCAAGCGAAGCUCUCCAGCAGGCCAUGAAGUGUAUGAGAGAAAUCGAAAAGUACGAGGAGGUGAAGUACUGGGCACCAUUUGUACUCAUUGGUGAUGACGUCAACCUGGAUUUCAAGGAAAUUCAGACUCUGAACCAUCUGAGGCAGUGAGCAUUGCAACUAUAUCAGAACAAGGACCAAACCCGAGGAAGUUAACGAUGAUAUUUGGAUCAGAAAGCAGUAAGCUACUGAUGAAAACUUUGUCAAGAGUCUUCUUUUUAAAGCAGGGAGAGUCAACAGAGAGUCAAAACUUGACUUGUCACCCGUCUGAACUGUUCUUACGAGCUUGAAGGAUUUUGGAUACUCUAAAGGAAAAGAACUUUCAAAUGUUUUGAUCCUUAAUAUCUUACUCAAACUGAUUUUCGUGUAAUUUUUCUUUUAAUGAGAUGUCUUGAAAUUAUCAUGACCAGCAAUAUAGAAAGUUAUAUUUUUAAUCUAACAUGGACGUUAAUGUGGGCGUCACAUUAACGUCAAAGUUGAGACUCUUUAAGGUGAUUUCCAGAGAUUUUUUUUACAGAUUUUCUCUCGAUCGGUUUUUGCCAGAUGACUGAUAUAAAGCUAUUACAACCAUAUCCAUAGACCUUUGAGAAUAAUAGGUUGUCUGAUUGCUCGAGUAUGUUAGUUAGUUUUCUGUCAUAAACUUUUUUGAGGAUUUUUAC